GGCGCGGCUGCGCAGCGCCGGCGGGUUGUCCUAGCGCCCCCCCUUCCAGUCGGCGCGGUCCGGCGGGUACCUUGGGAGUCGUGGACGAGCCCAGCUGCGGCGCUUGCAGGAGGACCCUGGUCUGCAGCUGCGGUUGCCAGGUAGGCGGGUGUGAGAGGCCCGAUCCUCCUGAUUCUCGAGGCCGCCCCGUCGUCGCCUGCACAAUGCUGUCCCCUCAGAGGGCUUUACUCUGCAACCUCAACCACAUCCACCUCCAGCAUGUCUCCCUGGGCCUGCACCUGUCCCGCCGCCCUGAGCUCCGGGAGGGGCCCUUGAGCACAUCCCCUCCCCCCGGGGACACCGGGGGCAAGGAGAGCCGGGGGCCCUGCAGCGGGGCCCUGGUGGACGCCAAUUCCAACAGCCCAGCUGUGCCCUGCCGAUGCUGCCAGGAGCACGGGCCAGGCUUAGAAAACCGGCAGGACCUAGCACAGGAGGAAGAGGGGGCCGCCUCUCCCUCGGACCCGGGCUGCUCCUCUUCUCUCAGCUCCUGCUCCGAUCUUAGUCCCGAUGAGUCCCCCAUCUCGGUGUACUCGCGGGGCCUCCCUGGCGACGAGGAUGUCCACCCUCAGCCCAGCAUCAUCCCCCUGGAGCAGGGAUCCCCACUGGCUUCCGCAGGCCCUGGCGCCUGCUCUCCGGACAGCUUCUGUUGCUCGCCCGAUUCCUGCUCCGGAGCAUCCUCCCCACCGGGCCUUGGCCUGGACUCCAACUGCAACGCACUGACCACCUGCCAGGACCCCGCUUCCCCAGGGCUAGAGGAAGAGGACGACGGUGGGGAGCAGGACCUCCCUGCCUCCGAGCUCCCAGAGGCGGAUGAUGAGAAAGCCGACGCUGGGAGAACCGAGCCCAGUUGGAAAAUCAACCCCAUUUGGAAAAUCGACAGGGAGACAACUGACGCGGGCUGGAAAACCACGGAGAACAAUAACUCCGGCUGCACAAUCAGUGGGAAUACUAACUCUAGCUGGAAAACGGAACCUGGAAAACUCGACUCCAGUUGGAAAAGCAGCACAGGAAUAACUGACUGCAGCUCGAAAACAGAUGCGGGGAAAACUGAUGCGGGGUGGCGGAGUGACGUCAGCGAGGAGCCGGCGUCCCACCGGACAAUCACGUCCUUCCACGAGCUGGCCCAGAAGCGCAAGCGGGGCCCGGGGCUGCCCCUGGUGCCGCAGGUCAAGAAAGACCGCAGCGACUGGCUCAUCGUCUUCUCGCCCGACAGCGAGCUGCCCCCCAGCGGCUCGCUGGGCGGCUCCCCGGCACCGCCCCGGGAAGUCACCACCUUCAAGGAGCUCCGCUCCCGGAGCCGGCCUCCCGACCCCGGGGUCGCCCCUCCCUCCGUGUCUCCUCCCACUCCCGCCGCGUUUCCGCGUUCUUCCUUCACCCCAGCCCGGAGUUCCUGGUCGUUCGCCGGCGCCCCCGGGGCCCAGCGACGGUGGAUGGCAGAAGCCCAGAGCGGGACUGGCCAGCUGCAGGAGCAGAAGAAAGGGCUCCUGAUAGCCGUGAGCGCCUCCGUGGAUAAGAUCAUCUCGCACUUUGGGGCCGCCCGGAACUUGGUUCAGAAGGCCCAGUUGGGGGAUAGCCGGCUGAGCCCAGAUGUGGGGCACCUGGUGCUGACCACCCUCUGUCCGGCCCUGCACGCCCUGGUGGCCGACGGGCUGAAGCCCUUCCGGAAGGAUCUCAUCACUGGGCAGCGCAGGACCAGCCCCUGGAGCGUGGUGGAGGCGUCGGUGAAGCCAGGCGCCAGCAGCCGCGCGCUGGGGACCCUGUACAGCCAGGUCAGCCGCCUGGCCCCGCUGAGCAGCAGCCGCAGCCGCUUUCACGCCUUCAUCCUGGGCCUCCUCAACACGAAGCAGUUGGAGCUGUGGUUUUCCAGCCUCCAGGAGGAUGCAGGCCUGCUGUCCCUCCUGUACCUGCCCACGGGAUUCCUGUCCUUGGCUCGGGGUGGCUGCCCGGCCCUGUCCGCGGAGCUGUUGCUCCUGCUGCAGCCGCUGUCGGUGCUCACCUUCCACCUGGACCUGCUCUUUGAGCACCACCACCACCUGCCCCUGGGACCACCCCCCGCCGCUUCGGCCCCGGGCUCGCCCCCCGCCCUGCGGCAGACGGUGCACGCCGUGCUGCACUGGGGGGGGCGGCUGGCCCAGAGCCUUCGGGGGGCUUCCGGGGAGACCCCUCCGGGCCCUUCGGCUCCCGCCGGCGCCCCCACGCCAGGCAGCUGGUGGGAGCAGCUGACCCAGGCCUCCCGGGUCUACGCCUCCGGGGGCGCCGAGGGCUUCCCUCUUCCCCGGUGGAGGUCGUGGGGUCCUCGGACGGCGGCUGGAGGCCCACGGGAGAGGCCCGUGCCCGCAGAGGACGCCGCCCCGGGCCGAGGCGUGUGGCUGGGGAGGCUGUUUGGAGUGCCCGGGGGCCUCACAGAAACUGACGGAGGAACCGGGAGGUCCAGGAGACCGUCCAGCUGGCUGCCCCCGACAGUGAGUGUGUUGGCUCUGGUGAAGCGGGGGGCACCUACCGAGCCUCUCUCGCCUCCUGAGGAGCUUGAGGCCUCCGGCGCCGGCCUGGUGCAGACCCACAGGGCCGUCCGCGCGCUCUGCGACCACACCGCGGCGGGACCCGACCAGCUCAGCUUCAGGCGCGGGGAGGUGCUGCGAGUGGUCGCCACCGUGGACGAGGACUGGCUCCGCUGUGGGCGGGAUGGCGCGGAGGGGCUGGUGCCCGUGGGCUACACCUCUCUGGUCCUCUAGGCCGAGCCCCUGUCCCGUCCGUUCUCCCUCCUGCGCCCUGGGAAUGGAACGGCCCCAGGGCCACGGACCUGUGCACACCGAUGGCCGCAGAAGUGUCUGCCCCGCCGCGAAAUGACUCUUCCCCUUCCCCACGGCCAUGUCUGCGAAUGGGAAACCAACUUUCCUUUUUCCCUCUCGUGCCAUCUGUAAGGUGAAAUCUGCUCUUCUUCGAAAUGUGAAAAGGAAUCUCCCUCCAUCUCUCUCCUCUCCCCCCCCGCACAAGGAAACGUCUCCCUUCCCAUCUGCACAGUGGAAACCGCUCCCCUUUGCCUCUUUCCUCUGUGAGUGGACUGGGCCAGUGCGCCUCGGAUCCUGAGACUGCAAGGGCCUCGAGUGUCCUUCCUGCGUAUGGACCCCCCGACCCACGCUCCACCCACGUUGCCUGUAUUUAUUACGUACUCAAGCUGUGCUGGGUGCUCAAAUCCGGACCCCCCUGGUGGGUGGGUCUGUGGUGUUGGUCUGCCCGCCCCUUCCUUUGUCCCAAUAAAGCGUGGGAGCAGAA